CUGGAAACAUAUUCUCAACUCGGCUGCAGUUUACCGAUAGAAAGUGCAUAGCUAGUGAUUUGCUACUCAGCGACUACUCGCUAGUGUGAAACAGGGAUAAUUCGAAAUCUUCGGGCAAGCAUGAAAUUUAUCCACUGCUAAAUUUAUCUGUGGCUAUUGAUUUUAAUAUUAUUUGUAUAAUCUGGAUGCGGUUAUCUGGUACUUGCUAGGCUUGAUAAAACAUGCGAAAUCAAUUUUCUUUAGCAGAUGACGGGCAGAUUUGUCCUGGUUUGCGGCUUAUUUGCGCGAAACAAGACCAGUGAUCACUGGGAUUUUACGACAAAUGACUCUAGUGUGUCCUGCGCAAUUCGGAAAGUUCUGAUCUGGCUUUUUCGAGGAUAUUGUCCUCCCGCUAGAUACGCAUCCCGGCAUGCGCGUUCGCCAUCUUUGCAUUUCUCCGGCGCUCUUGUUUUUCGGCGUUGCAGUUGUCUCCCUUCAUCGUCCAGUGGUAUCCAGUCAAGAACAAGCGUUAGCGGAACCUGAGCUUCCAACAGGAUGCUAUAACUACACACAGUCCUGCGAUAUGGGAACCGAAGACCAGCUGGGCGAUUCCAGUGCCGUCAUACUGGCAUGCUCGCGAGAGCCGGCGACUAGGUUUACGUGGUACCGCCGUAACUACAACAAUACGGGCAUUUAUAGUGGCUUCAGUCUCUACCAGUUCGAUUUAACGGAAGAGCCCAGCGGUUUCGAUGGAGAAAACUGGGGCGUGGUUGCUGUGUCCCUUUGUACCUUUAACCCAGACUCCAACAUUUCAACUUCGGAGGCUACAGUAUUCGAUCGGGCUGCGGUAAUGACAACGGCAAAAGUUCAUCAGGAACCUGGAGGAUCUAUCGUGCUUUCGUACUGGUAUCGCCAUUCUCUCGGGGCACCUAAUAUAACUAGUCCCUACGGCGAAAUCUUCCUCUAUGUGUACAUCGAUUAUUACGAUACACUGGAUAAUAUGCUAGAUGUGCGAGUCUUGCGAGAAUUUUGGUCGCCACAAAACGUGCUCAACGUAAUUCAGAGUGCUGUUGUGAAUAACUCUCUCCAUCUAAAUUUCAACGAUAUUCUGGACACCGCCGGCUUCUUUCAAGCGUUUUCUCACGAAGGAACACCGGCAGAUCUACCUGAAGGUGCACAGAAAGAUGCCGUCGACACGCUAUUGCAAAUCACUGGGCAGAUUUUCAGCGCGGAAGAAACCGGGAAACUGGAAGCACCGGCAACUAGCAGCGAUGGAUACGAUGCAGCCGCGACGAUCUACGAGGCACUGGAAAACAUGUACAACAGCCUACCACCGAACGAAGAGCCAUAUGUGUUCAGUAACUCCUUAUCUGUGGCAUACGUCAGUGCUGUGCUCAUCAACGGUUCUUCCCAGUUUGAAGACUUUAAUCUGACGACAAAAAUGGAAACUAGGGGGUUCAGCCGAGAGACGGGGAUUACAGCUGCCGCGGACGACAGUACCGCAUCAGUAGCUAGUAUUAGUUUUAAAACGAGCGCGCUUCAAGAAGCCUUCGAAGAAUUAAAACAAACAGCGAAUACCACACCAGUAAAGUUUGCCUUUUCCUUGUCGGCGAUGCCGUCAUUCAAAUUCGCCAGGUUCGUUCCCACGAAUGAACUGAACGAAAGGUCAAGUCCGAUAGUUUUACUAGCCUCAUUGGGUGUGAGUCUCAAGAAAAAGGAUAUAAUCACCAUUCGACACAAUGUGGACAGUCUGUUUGACCACCCAUCUGGAGCAAGAAGACAACACCAGUGCAUCUUCCUGAACUAUACGUCCAAGCACUGGUCGGGAGACGGUUGUCGAAUGACGGCUAAACAUGUUCAAUGGGACAACUCCACCGUGGAAUGCACCUGCGACCAUUUAACGCCGUUUUCGCUGUUGCUGACUCUGUGUGGUAGUCUAUCCAGAUCCUUCAUCCCGAAGGAUCAACCGCUUACGCUGGAUUUAGCCGUGGUGACCACAGCGACGACCCUCGUGGCGAUGGUCUGCUGUGGCCUUGCUCUGAUAAUCAUCAUGGUGAAAAUCUGGCAUGGACUCGUGGUUUUCGACGACGUCAACUUUGUUCGGAUGGGGUUGUGGAUAGCGCUCUUCGGCAUGUACCUCUUCACCAUCUUCUCACAACUGAUGGUCUACGCCCCCAAACUGUGUGGACAGCAAUUCUGUUUAGCCAACGGAAUUUUGGUGCACUGGUUUACACUGAUGAGCGUUGGGUGGACCGUAGUGCAGACGGUUGAUAUCUUGCGAAUCCUGCUUUUCCCGUUUAAGCGCGAUGUGAAGAGACAAAGUACCAGAGACAAAAAGCACGUUGGAUUCAGAAUCAAAACUUGGGUGGCUGCAACGUUUAUCCCCGGUUUGUUUCCGUUCCUGGCCUCUGUGCCAUAUUUUUUUGAUCAUCAAACCGCAAUUCAUUCUCUUGGAGGCUACGGUUACGGAGAUCACGAAAAAUGGUGCUGGUUGAACGCGGAACAAACCUGGAUUCCUUGGGUGACCUUUAUCAUACCUUUAUCCGCGGCAGGUAUGGUGAAUGUGGCGGUGGUGAUAUUAUACGUACGCGAGGAAAUAAAAAAAAAGAAACGUGGGAAGCAGUUUUCCAUCCCCGAGGACAGUAGCAGGAAUGCAGGCGAUCGGGUCAAGCACCGAGUUCGACAAGUAAUGAUCAACACCGGGCUGAUGGGAUUGAUCUGGUUGUAUGUGUGGUUGGCGCUCUUUUCCUGCUUUUCCACGCUACCGAAGCUGCAGUACGUCUUCGUCUUGCUGCUGACGGUGGCGUGUGGAUCGCAGGCGGUGUACGUUAUUAUCUUCCAAGGGAUACUUGGGGACAAGAGUUCCAAGAGCACUAACAGCAGUACCAGCAGCAGCCAGACAUAUGUCACUGCUCGGGUGUAAUUUUAGACCGAAGCUGUUUGGACCGUAAUCGAAUUCAAUCAAUAUCGUUUUGUAAAGGUUGUGGUAAAUUGUGUCAUUCUCUCUGAUUACAUUACGAACCGAUCACUGGUGUUAUGUUUUUUUAUCUACCUGUACGCUAGCUCUUCAGAAUUGUAAAGGGUAACGGUUACUCCCUUGGAAUUACACAUACGUGCGUACGUAAAAUCACUGUUUUCGGAGUUCCAAGAGUAAAAUUUAAUA